AGGGACGCACUUACGGAAGCGCUGCAAAGCCAAUUCCAUUUCUCCCGGACGGUCCGGUUUGCCAAGUUCCCACAGGAGCGCGGGCGCGCGCGGGGGGCGGAGUGGGGGCCGCCACCCGCGGCCUUGGGCCUCUGGCACAAUCUUCUAAGCUCCGCCCUCGGCGGCGUCUCCUAAAUACGUCCUUCCGCCCGCUUCCUCCUCUCUCUUUUUCGCCGCCAUCCUGCUCUGCGUGGCUGGCUGCUUCUCGCCAUGUCUUCUCACAAGACUUUCAGAAUCAAGCGAUUCCUGGCCAAGAAACAAAAGCAGAAUCGUCCCAUUCCCCAGUGGAUUCGGAUGAAAACUGGUAAUAAGAUCAGGUACAACUCCAAAAGGAGGCACUGGAGAAGAACCAAGCUGGGUCUGUAAGGCGUCACACGUCAGGAGAUGACACACCUAAUUGGCACACAUAUUUAAUUAAGCUGCGUGAAGAUCAUGUGUUCUGUCAUUCUGUAAACAUCCUUCCUACCUGGCCAUAGACUUGUCUUAUCAUGGAAAUGAUUUUUCUCUCUUUACUAUGCCCCUGCACCAGUAGGUUGGUUCAGUAAUAAAUGUGAGACCUCUCGGCUCUA